AUUAUAAUAUAAUAAUAAAUGAAAUUAGAUGCGGGAGAUAAUAUUUAAAUCUCAAGGUGAACUAUCGUGAGUUAAUUUAAAACUAAAUAAUGAAUAAUUAAGUAAGAGAUUAAUUAGUACGUUAAUAAAUUUGUUAGUGGUAAAAAAUAGUGAUAUCGUCGCAUUGCCCUGCAGUGGCUGUUGGCGCAGCUGAGCUUAAGUAACCACACACGUUCGAAUCACCAUAUAUUUGUAUAUAUGUAUUUAUAUAAUACAUUUAUAACGAUAACAGAGCUGUAUAUAUUGAGGACAACGUAUACGUAUAUAUACAAGUAAAGGCACGAGGUGAAGUGGGUGGUGGUGUUGAGCUAACACGACCCACAGCCCUACAUUCGAGGACAACUAGUCCAAGCUAACUUGCGAUAUUAUAUCGUCUCUGCGCACGAUUACACUGCUGUUGCUUACAUACAUUUUUAUACAUCAGUCAAUUCGACAUCAGACAUCAGACAUCCUGUGUGCUGUCUACUUUUAUCUAUUUAUUUUUUUAAAUUCGACACAAAGCCGAGUAAGACAAGUGUCAUAAAGUUGUAGCUGCGGAUCCUGACAACUGUCGUCAGUUGACGUGAGAGGACUCGACGUUGGUACUGAGUUUUUAUGAAGGACAUCGGGAAUAAGUAAAGGUAGAGUUGUGAUUGUUGUAAUAGUAUUAAUAAUAGUAAUAAUAUUAAUAAUAAUAAUAAUAUUGAAAAUUAAGUGGUGACGCGUAGACGAGAAGAAGAACGUCCCCGCGUAAGCGGUGGCGUUAAUAAUACCAGAGGAAGUGGCGGCGGAACUGGAGGAAGACGAGGUGUGGUGGUGUUUGCAGAGUCAACUGUCGACUCUCCAGGUGGACACAGAGGUUAUGGUAUAGGGGAGGAAACGGUUGGAUCGAGACACGGGAGUGGUACCGGUGAUUACCGUUGUGAUGUAUUGGAUUCACCAUCCUCAUCAGGAUCAAACGAGUUUAUCGAUAUAUCAAGUGCCAUCAGGAGUGCCGGAGCUGGUGGUGUCCCUGGUGUCUGCAGAAGGUCGAUUGUGAGCAGAGCGUUGCCGGGUGUGCUGCCUCCAGCCCGCGGCCUGGCCGGGAGUCCGGGUGACGACGAGGUCAGUGGAGGAUGGAGUGACCUACGUCGUCAUCCCCCGGCACGGAUAAGGCACGGAGCUGGCGGCAAUAGUAGUUUUGGUACCGAACGGCUGCUUCUCGACUCCGACGAGGAGGAAGAGGAAGAAGAAGAGGAUUACAAUUACGAGGAAGACGACGCGGAGGAGGAAAUAUUUAAGGGGGACGAGCUGGAAGUGGAGACGGAGGAGAAGCAGCCGGCAAUGUCUAGGCAGUCCAAUCGGACCGAACGGGAUUUCAGAGAACGCGAUUUUAGGGAACGUGAUUUGAGGGAACGAGAUUUACGUGGCGCAUCUUCAGCAGCUCCAAGUGACCACAGGCCGCUGAUAGACGAGCAUGUACCCAGGAGACACAGGGACAGAGACAGAGACAGAGAUCGGGACGCCGAUUACGAGUAUGAACACAGUGCCACUGCUGCUACUGCGUCUUCCACUCAUACCAAUAAUCCGGCCAGGUCUAACGGAAGAGCUUACACACUCACGGAGAAGAAACGUGACCGUGACAGCCUGCAGUUGGUGAAUUUAGGCGUGCCAGUGAGAAGACACGUUGUUGGCUCGGCAGAUUCAAAUUAUUCCCAACCGAGCUCAGAUCUUUCUCUUGACGAAGAAAAAGAGAGUUUACGGCGUGAAAAAGAGCGACAGGCACUUAAUCAGCUCGAAAAAUCACGGACAAAACCGGUUGCGUUUUCUGUGAGAACAAACGUAAGUUACGACGGAUCUAUCGACGAUGAUUCACCAGUCCAUGGAUCCGCAGUCAGUUUCAAUGUUCGUGACUAUCUCCAUAUUAAGGAAAAGUACGACAACAACUGGUGGAUCGGAAGGCUCGUGAAAGAAGGCACCGAUGUGGGUUUCAUUCCCUCCCCCGUGAAAUUGGAGUCACUUAGGGUCCAAGCCAGCACCGCACGUGGUACCAAAGGUCUCUACUCAACGCGAGGUGGCUCCUCGAGUAAUCUCGGUGAAAGUGGAAUGCCAUCACGUGGAUCUACGCCUCCCACACCAGGUGACGACAGUGAUAGUGUAGGUAAUGUAAGACCUGGAAGAACAACAUUGACAACUCCUCCGGCCAAGGAAAAGCGAAAAAAUUUUUUCAAAAAGCCGGAAACUGCGACGCCGUAUGACGUAGUACCUUCAAUGAGACCAGUUGUACUUGUAGGGCCAUCCUUGAAGGGCUACGAAGUAACGGAUAUGAUGCAGAAAGCGCUUUUUGAUUUUUUAAAACACAAAUUCGAAGGACGGAUAAUAAUAACGAGGGUAACGGCGGACAUAUCGCUGGCGAAGAAAUCUCUGCUGAACAACCCUACGAAACGUGCGAUAAUGGAACGAUCAACGAGCCGAGGUAAUUGUUUAAAUGAGGUCCAGCAGGAGAUUGAGAGAAUAUUCGAGCUAGCGCGGACGCUGCAGCUGGUCGUCCUGGACUGCGACACGAUAAACCAUCCCUCGCAGUUGGCCAAGACGAGUCUGGCGCCGACGAUUGUUUACUUGAAAAUAUCAUCGCCAAAAGUACUACAGAGACUGAUUAAAUCGCGGGGUAAAUCCCAGACCCGUCACCUCAACGUUCAGAUGGUCGCUGCGGAAAAACUCGCACAGUGUCCUCCGGAGAUGUUUGACGUGAUACUGGACGAAAACCAGUUGGAUGAAGCUUGCGAGCACGUCGCCGAGUACCUCGAGGCAUACUGGAGGGCAACCCAUCCUCCGGUUGUCGCACCGGUACCGCGUGUUAUGGCCACGGCUUCUGACGCGCCUGUCGACGUUCUUGCACCUCGUGUGCCUUCAGGCGGCCGACAUGAUUCAUACUACGCUCACGAUUCCAGAGGACAAAGUGCGUACGGAGGAGCCCACGGGAGCACCAGGAGAUCAAGAUUAGAGCGCGGGACCCGCGAGCGGAACCACGAGCGCGAGCUUGAGCGUGAGCGCGAACGUGAGCGCGAACGCGAGCGCGAGCACGACUAUGGGACCGAAGAGGAGUCUUAUCUGAGUGGUGGCGUCGACUACGGAAGCGUUUCCCGACGACGUCCUCAGCAGGACUCUCGAGCGCUUAAUGCCAUUUAGGAGCUGGAGCCCCGGGGCUUGUCGCUAAGAUGUCCCCAUUUGAAGACCACCGCCCUUUAGGAAAAUUUAAUAAACAAACUAAACAAUUUAUUAAUUAAAUUAAAUUAAUUAAAAAAAUAAAUAAUAAUAAUAAUAAUUAAACAAGUAAAUUAAAUAAUGUUAUAUCCUGUAAUUGUUUAUAAAAAGGCGACACGAUCGCCGACGAAUUGUUGGACCCUCGCGGUUCUAUUUGAAGAGAAAAGGACACUCCUUUAUAUUAUUAUUAUUAUUAUUGAAUUUUAAAUGUUUAAUAGUAAUAAAUAAUUAAAAAUAUAUGAUAAAUAAAUAAUAUUUCCUCUUGUAGUCCAUUGACUAUUUAUCAUUAUUAUUAAUUAUAUUAUUAUAAUUACUAAUUACUAUUAAUUGUUAAUAUUAUUUUUUCUUCUUGUUGAAG